AUGUCGGCCCAGGCUGCGCCCAUUGGUGGCAGUAACGACGACGGCAUCGUCCGUCGCUCGCCGACCAAGUUCAGCCCUCAUCCGGUCUCGGGCCCCAACCCGGAGCCGGUGCCCCUCCCCAAGUUUCCCGGCAUCCCGCCGCCGUCGCUUCCCCCGCGACGCCGCCUCCACGAUGAAAGCGAGGUGGCUUCCAGCGACAUCCUCCGCCGCUCGCCGGGCAAGUUUAGCCCACCCGCGGUUUCGGGCCACAGCUCGGACCAGCCCCCUAGCUCCGAUGGUUACCCACUUCCUGCCCUUCCGCCCCGCUCGCUCCGCGGCGAGGAUGAGUAG